GAAAGGACAUCAUCUAAUAAACGAUGCAUAUGGUAAGAGGCCUAAAUCCUAGCAAAACCGACCCAUUUAAACGACAGGCACGUCCAGGCCAACGAACGUGCGCCCGAGCGAGGGAUCGGCCGAGGCGCGAACUCUUGGGAGCUUUGGAUUAUUUCUCCUUCCUCCCCCCCUAAUUAAAAACAGCUCCCUUCCUCUACCUCUACCAACACAAACUCUCGAGGAGCACCGCACCACCACGACCGAAGCAGAAACGCACGACUCCUCCCCGAGGCCUCAAAACUCCACGAUCCAAACGCAGUUGCGCGGGGACUCAAACCCCGCUUAGCCCCGCCGAUCGAUCGAUCUGCAGGCCCCCUAUUCUUAGGCCGGCCCGUCGCACGGCGCUGAAACAAAAACCAUGGCAUCGACCUCGUCCUCCUCCUCCAGCAGCAGCAGCGGCCCGGCCGACCCGUCCGUGGCGCACCGGCGCCGCCUAACGGACCUCGUAGAGCGGGGCCGCGGCGGCGGCAGGCACCGCGGGGUCGUCAAGGCGCUCUUCUCCGGCAGGAGGAAUAAUCAAAGCAAGAGGGCGCCGUCCGUGCUCGACCAGGCCUGGUUGAGGAACGGAGUGGCCUGCCUUCUGGGACUCACCAUCGUCCUCGGGCUGGUCCUGACGAGCUCGCACGCACCGGGAAGCGGCGGCGGGAGGCUCCUGCGGAGGGUGGACGUGGACGCGCUGAGCUGGAGGGAGGAGAACCUCACGGCUCCCGCUCUCCGGCCUCCCGACCCGCCGACGCCCCGGAUAUGGCUGAUGCCCGAUAGUGAGGGUUACAGCAAAUGCAUUGAACGCCCAAAGAAAAACCACAGAACAAGUAAUGCAGCAGCUGGUUAUAUAAUUGUUGAUGCCAAUGGUGGAUUGAACCAGAUGAGAAUGGGAAUAAGUGAUAUGGUUGCAGUGGCUAAGCUCAUGAAUGCAACAUUAGUAAUCCCUACACUGGAUCACAGAUCAUUCUGGACUGAUCCAAGUGAUUUCAAAGAUAUAUUUGAUGUGGAGCACUUCAAGAAAACUUUAGAGGAUGAUAUCUCUAUUGUGGAUUCUUUGCCACCAGAUUACAGAGGAUUGAAACCCUAUAUGAGAGCACCUUCUUCCUGGUCCAAGGCUUCUUACUACAGAGCUUUUGCACGGACACUAAAGAAGGCCAAAAUUGUGAAAUUCACACAUACAGAUUCACGCAUUGUCAAUAAUGGUCUCCCUCCUCACAUCCAACGACUCCGCUGCCGGACCAAUUACGAGGCACUAAAAUACAAGAAAGAAAUUGAAGAGCUAGGUAAUACUCUAGUUGAUAGACUGAGGAAUGGGUCCAACCAUUAUAUCGCACUUCACUUAAGAUACGAGAAGGACAUGCUCUCAUUUACCGGCUGCAGCCACAACCUAACACAUCAGGAGGCAGAGGAACUGAGAGAAAUGCGACUCAAGGUGCGGCACUGGAAAGAAAAGGAAAUUAAUAGCAAGGAGAGACGACUUCAAGGAGGAUGCCCUAUGACUCCUCGUGAAGCAGCUCUUUUUCUUAAAGCUAUGGGUUAUCCUUCCAAGACCAAUAUCUACAUUGUAGCAGGUGCAAUAUACGGAGAACAUAGUAUGGAUGCAUUACAGGCUGAAUAUCCAAAUAUCUACACACAUUACAGUUUGGCAACAGUAGAUGAAUUAGAGCCUCUCAAGCUGUACCAAAACAGAUUAGCUGCUGUAGACUACAUUGUAGCCCUCCAGAGUGAUGUUUUUGCGUAUACAUAUGAUGGAAAUAUGGCCAAAGCAGUACAGGGUCACAGAAGAUUUGAAGGAUUCCGAAAAACCAUUAACCCUGACAGGCAGAAGCUUGUGGAGCUCAUUGACAAGUUUGAUGAAGGAAUAAUUACUUGGAAUGAGUUUGAAAGCAAAGUGAAGAUGCGUCAUGAAAAAAGACUCGGAGGACCAUAUGAGAGGUUUUCUGCCCGAAGUCUAAGGCUAGAGGAGCAUUUUUAUGCAAAUCCUCUUCCAGGGUGCUUGUGCAAAAGAACGCAAAUGAUUAAGUGACAUGGACUUAUUCUAAAUAGGCUGGGACAUUUCAGCUUCAAAUAUACAUCCCUAUUGACUGCAGGUGACAUGGACAAAGGUAGACAUAUCUUACUUUCCCACAGAUUAUUUUCCUAGACUGACAAUGUAUGUAAUACGCAUUCCUGCACAAGGAGGUGGGAGAGGGAGGUUUAUUCAUUGUCAUAUGAGAUGUGCACUCCUAACAAAUUGUUUAUUCAACUCUUGGGGAAAUGGGAAAGCCAAAGAGAUUUCAGUUACUAUUAAAGGACAAAUGUACCACAGCGUAUAGGCUUAGCCAGACACAAAAGGUUCGCUGCAAGUUGUACUUUAUUCACACUUUGAAUGUAAUUUCCUCUUUUUUUAUCAUUUUGAUUUGUUCGAGAAGUACAAUUCUAUACUGGAUGGAGCUGUGUAUAUGCAAUAGCUAUCAACAAUAGGCCAAGGUGUAACUGUUGAAUUUUGUUAUAGCAAUUAUUUUGUAGCCUAGCUCAUAGUACUAUCUAA